AUGCGAGUGCUCCAUGGGUUCAAGAAUCUGAUCGAAGAAUGUUCGUUGAUAAUCUACACUCGACAUUCAGUGUUGAAAUGGGUCAUCAAUUCCAGGACCGCCGAAGGCCGUCUGGUGCCAUGGGGCGUCGCUCUCGCACGAUACGACUUGGAAAUUCGGAAGCCGCCUAUGGGCGCAAGAAAAACGCCCAGGGAGCACUUGGAUGAAGUCGCCGAAGCACUCAUUCCAGUCAAGGGGCGCGUCAAGCCGCCUCCAGUCGUGAGCGUCGAAAUGCUCUCAGAGGAGUACUCCGGAGUAGUCCUGAGUUUCGAUGGUGCUGCCAAAACAUCCACAAGGAAGGGCAGCCGCGGGUGUAUUCUGUGGCAGUUACCUGAAUGGAAGGUAUUGGAUGCUCGAGGACACAUCCUGGAUGGAGUCACCGUCAACGACGCGGAAUACUUCGUGUUGCUUAAAUGGCUUGCAAUGGCUUUGUAA